CCUUAGAAAUCAAAUUACGAAAUCUAAAUUUUAUAUCUUGCCCGAUGAACUCUGAUCGAACCAGAAGCAUUCUUUAAUUUCGUAAUUCAUAUGGUAUCUAAUUAAUUUCAUUAAUUUCUAGAAAUCCCAUUCCCACCCCCUGACCUGACCCUUCUGUCUUCUAGUGUGCAUGCAUCCAGCAUUCACUUUCUACCCUUUCAGUCCAUGGCGAAAGGCCGGGCACCCAGAAGAGCAAUAGAUUCUUACACGAUCAAGGGCACUAACAAGAUCAUCAGAGCCGGCGACUGCAUUUUGAUGAGACCUUCGGACUCAUCGAAACCCCCAUACGUCGCCAAAGUAGAGAAGAUCGAAUCAGACAGUAGAGGGAACGUGAAGGUACGGGUACGGUGGUACUACCGGCCAGAGGAGUCGAUCGGAGGCCGGCGGCAGUUCCACGGAGCCAAGGAGGUAUUUCUUUCCGACCAUUACGACGUACAGAGCGCCGACACUAUCGAGGGCAAGUGUACGGUACAUAGCUUCAAGAGUUAUACUAAACUCGACGCCGUCGGUAAUGACGAUUACUUCUGCCGCUUCGAGUAUAAUUCCUCCACUGGAGCGUUCAAUCCAGAUAGAGUCGCUGUCUUACUGUUGGAACGCAUCAAGCAAAGCCAUUUAACACGCUUCCGCAGCUCUCAUUCUAGCGGCAGAUACUGCAAAUGUGAAAUGCCAUACAACCCUGAUGACCUAAUGGUGCAAUGUGAAGGCUGCACUGAUUGGUUUCAUCCACAUUGUAUAGAUAUGACAGCAGAAGAAGCCAAGAGACUUGAACACUUCUUCUGUCAAGGUUGUUCCUCACAAGGUCAAAAGAAGUUGCUCAACUCUCACACUGCUCCCAGAAACUCAGAAACUAAGGAUCUGGUGUCUCAGAAAGUGAUUGAGAGUGGCCAUGAGGCAAAUGGAAUAUAUCUGUUGGAUACUCCUAGACAGAGCCAAGGACAACCUGGGAAAGCUACCUUUGGAUCUACAUCUUCAGAGUUUGUCAGUCGUGUCAUGUUAUGUCAUUUUCAUUUGAGUCAUCUUUCUUUUUCUACAUUGAGUCAUUUAUUCCCGUACAAAGUUAGGCUGGUUACAAAAGGUUAUACGCAGACAUAUGGAAUUGACUAUCUGGAGACCUUUGCUCCUAUUGCAAAGAUGAUCUUUGUGAGGGUUCUGCCAUCUCUGGCUGCACAUUCAGAUUGGCCACUUUACCAGCUGGAUGUGAAAAAUGCAUUCCUGAAUGGAAAGUUACACGAAGAGACUCAGUCUGAUCAUACCCUCUUUGUGAAGAGGAGAGGCUCUUUGGCAAUAUAUCUUAUUGUCUAUGGUGAUGAUAUAGUUGUGACUGGUAAUGAUGUAACAUGGAUUAAUGAUCUUAAGUCUUUCCUUCAUACAAAGUUUGAGAUCAAAGAUUUGGGGGAAUUAAGGAGUAUUGUUGAACAUGGUCAUAUGAAACUGGAGGCUUACACAGAUACUGAUUGGGCCGGAAACAUUGAUGAUAGAAGGUUGCCAUCAACAUUGCUCAUUAUCCGGUGCAACAUGACAGAACCAAACAUAUUGAAGUUAACAUACAUUUUAUUUGAGAAAGUGUGGCUUCUGGAGAAGUUUGUCCACCAUUUAUCUCUUCUGAAGGACAAUUAG